UUCCGAGUAAUGGCGGCGUGCGUGCAUGCCAUGCUGGUCUGUUAAUUAAAAACUUUUUUUUUCCCCGUACGCUAUCUCCAAAAUAAGCAUCAAACAUGUCCGGAAGACAGAGCAACAAGCUGCCGAACAACUUGCCACAAUUGCAGAAUCUUAUCAAAAGAGAUCCACAGUCGUACUUGGAGGAGUUUCUGCAACAGUACAGACAUUUCGAGUCCAAUGUACAGAUUUUUAGACUGCAGCCUGACAAGCCAAACAAGGAACUGGCAGAACUGGUGAUGUUCCUCGCUCAGGUUGGCCACUGCUAUACACAGCAUCUGUCAAAAUUUCCUCAAGAACUAGCACAGCUGCUUCUGACCCACCACACAGUCGUAGAAGCUGACCUUAGGAUGACCUUCUGUAAAGCUCUCAUACUCCUGAGGAACAAGGACCUGAUUGACCCUUCCAGCCUCCUGGAGCUCUUUUUUGAGCUCCUCAGAUGUCAUGACAAACUGUUGAGAAAGACAUUAUACACACACAUUGUAACAGACAUAAAGAACAUCAACGCUAAGCAUAAGAACAACAAAGUUAACACAAUGUUGCAGAACUUCAUGUAUACCAUGCUCAGAGAUCGUAACCCAAUUGCAGCAAAGAUCUCUCUGGACGUAAUGGUGGAGCUUUACAAAAGGAACAUUUGGAAUGAUGCAAAAACUGUUAAUGUCAUCACAACAGUGUGUUUUUCCAAGGUCACAAAGAUUCUUGUUGCAGCUCUGAAAUUCUUCUUGGGCACAGAUGAAGAUGAGAAGAAGGAUAGUGAUUCAGACUCAGAGGCAAAGGGACCCUCAGCACGAGACCUCAUGGUGAGAUACUCCACUGGCAAGAAGUCCACUAAAAACAAGAAGAAGUUAGAGAAAGCCAUGAAAGUUUUAAAGAAACACAAGAAGAAGGGUAAAGCAGAAGUGUUUAAUUUCUCUGCAAUCCACCUCAUUCAUGAUCCACAAGAUUUCUCUGAAAAACUCUUGAAACAGUUGGAAACCUCUCAUGAGCGUUUUGAGGUGAAGAUCAUGAUGAUGGAGCUCAUAUCCAGGCUGGUAGGAAUCCAUGAGCUCUUCUUGUUCAAUUAUUACCCCUUCAUCCAGAGGUUCCUUCAACCACACCAGAGAGAUGUGACCAAGAUUCUCCUCUGUGCUGCUCAGGCCUCCCACCAACUGGUCCCCCCUGAGAUCAUUGAACCGGUGAUUAUGACCAUUGCCAACAACUUUGUGACAGACCGAAAUUCAGGCGAAGUUAUGACAGUGGGAAUCAACGCCAUCAAGGAAGUGGCCGCUCGCUGUCCACUGGCCAUUAAUGAAGACCUUCUGCAGGACUUGUCACAGUACAAGACCCACAAGAACAAGAAUGUGAUGAUGUCUGCGAGAGCUCUGAUAAUGCUGUUCAGGAAUCUGAAUCCUAAGAUGCUGCACAGGAAAGACAGAGGAAGGCCCACAGAGGCAUCAGCAGAGGCUCGAAUCAAAGGUUACGGUGAGCUUGAAGCGAAAGAUUACAUCCCCGGUGCUGAGGUUCUGGAGGAGGAGAAGAAAGAAGGAGAAGAGACAGAUGAAGACGGCUGGGAGAGUGCCAGUGUGAGUGGAGACGAUGAAGAUGGCGAGUGGGUCGAUGUUCAUCACUCGUCAGAUGAAGACACCGGAGAAGUGGAAGAGAAGCUUCAAAACAUCCCUCCGGAGGAGCGACGUGCCAAAGCAGCCGCCAUCAGCGCCAGUCGCCUCCUCACACAGGAGGACUUCAAGAAGAUCCGCCUGGUCCAGCUGGCAAAAGAGGUCAACGCUGCGCCACACAAAGGCCAGAAGAGAAAAAUGGUGGAUUGUGAUGAUGAAGCUGAAAGAGGGGAGCUGCUGACAUUGAGGGACAUUGAGAAACUACACAAGAAACCAAAAGCAGACAAGGAAACACGACUAGCAACAGCUAUGGCUGGUAAAACCGAUCGGAAGGAGUUUGUCAACAAACGGAUCAAGCUCAAUCCACAUGCCAGCACCAGCAACAAGGAGAAGAGGAAGACUAAGAACUUCAUGAUGAUGAGAUACAGUCAGAAUGUCAGGACAAAAGGCAAACGCUCCUUCAGAGAGAGACAGAUUGCCCUAAAAGAGGCACUUCUGAAGAAGCGCAAGCAGCAUAAGUAACACGUGGCUUCAACGCUUAAAUCCACAUGAUGGACAGCUGAUGGCACUGCAGCACUAAACUAUCAUGUUUUGUCACUGCAGUACUCUGAAGUAUCUUCAGAUCAAUAUUAUAUUGUUAUUAUGCGUACAUGAAGUGCAUAUGAAC